UUAGUAAAUAUAAACUUGAUUUUAUUUAUUUGUAUCUAUUUUAUUUUUUGUAACACUAAGAGAAAUAACUGCCCAGUGCUAUUGUCUUGUCCCCUGUAAACCUUGUUGUUAAAUCUGGUUUCUGGGAGGGAUGUGGCACUCAGUUCCUUCCUCUUUUCCCCCCACCCCGAUGGGUAAAGUUGGGUCUGAUUUGUAUAAAUUAGUAUGUUGGAGUUUUCUGAUAAGUGAAAAGAAGAGAGAAAACUGUUGCCCACACACUCCAAAACCAAAAGUCAGGGGAGAGUACUGAGACAACAGCUGGGACCAGUGGGGCUGCAAGUUUCCUGCCUGUGUAAGGCAGCAUUGGUGAAUUCUGAAAGGAAUUCCAGCUUGGCCUGCUCAGCUCGUAGGUUGAUGGUUGAGAAGCGUAUACAGGACAUGAAUAAGGGCACUCAGCAACGCCGAGAGGAGAAAUUUUCCCAUGGGUGGCUGCCAUUUUGCCCAAUUUACUUGGUGUCCUUGGUGCACAAGGAUUCACUUUCCAUGAGGACAGGAAAAAGAAAUAGCUGCACAAUCAGAGCAGUUUAGUAUUUUUUUCAGGGGAAAAGAGUUGCCGUUGCCCCAAUUUUUUUUUUUUUUAAAUUACGGUGUGUUCUCUCAAUGCAGUGAAGUUCUUGGAGAAAUCUUUUUAUAUUGACAAUUUGCAUUUCAAAAUAUACAAUAAAAUUAUCCCUGUACAGGUAGUAACUUACAUGAGUGGGAAAUAAGCAGUCCUGCUUUUUUCUGCCACUGGGUCAAUGAUUACUACUACUGCUAUUUAUGUACACUGUGGUAGCUCUCAAAGGCCCUAGUCAGGGACGAGAGCCCCGUUACGCUGGGUACUGACUGCACAAAAUGAAAAGACACCACCUUUCUCAGAGUUCACAUUUAAACAUAUGGUGAAGACAAACAGGAGGAAGGACAGGGUAACAGUGCAGGGAGUGAGGUUGGUUAAAUGAAUAGCAGUCAAAACAAACAAACUGUCUAGCCACUGAUCUAGGGUCAAAUUCUCCUCUCUUACAGCAGGAUAACUGCCCUGACUUCAGUGGAGUUGCUCAGGUGUAAUUGCGAGAAGAAUUUUUUCCACUGUGUACAGGGUUGGCAUUGUGUUGUGCAGCUAGAGAACCAUACUGUCAUGUGAAGCUGGAGUGUGUUGUUUGGAUCAAUUAGCCCUGUCUAGGAAUGGAACAGUGAGGGGAGUUCCAUAUACCUCAUUCCUAUUUAGUCCUGACUUGUUAGCAAAUUAUUUAUAUUUUUCCUCAUUCUGUCUCUCUGGGUCUGUUGGAUUUCAGUGGAGUUAAAAAGUGCACCCUACUUUUCCCCUCCAAUACCCUACUCUAUAGUGUUUAUAAAUCCUUGGCAGCUGAACCAGCCAAAGAUUUCUUGUAAGGAAGGAGGCCUGGGUUCCUAUUUGAAUAAUGGCACAAGUGAAAAUCAGGGUUGGUCUUACCCUGAUCACAAAACCACCCCCCAGUUUUACCUGAAUGGCAGAGCCCCAGAACAGGAAUAAUAGGCUUGUUGUAUGGUAGGACUGAGAGUACUGCCAGAGUUGGGAGGGGUGCUUAGCAUGUGCUUGCAAUAUGCUUUUGCUUGGGCAGUAUUGUGCCUUCCACAGCUUCCUGAGUGUUGAAGAUCACUUAUAUCUGCGGAUUUGGGGAAGGCUGUCAGUUCAUUUUGAUCACUGACUUUCAGUGAGCCUCAUUCCUGCUGUUAAGAAUUUUAUGUAAUUAAUAUGAAAUUUUGCCUUAAGAAAUGGACUCUGGCUUCAAGACUUCCACUCACUGCUACUCCAGUUUCACCUGCUGUAUCCACUCCCAGAGUGCUGAGCAGGCUUGGGGCCUUCUUGAGCCACAGUCUUCCUGGAAAAAAUCCCACUGCUUGUAACAAACCCAGAAAAGCCUUGGGACAUGUUUGAGGGGCUUACUUCAUGAAUGGAAUGUACACAUUUCAAGUCAAUACAAAUGAUAUAAAUAAUAUACAGCCUUUUUCACUUGUAGCUCCUAGUGUGCCUGCUGUUCUUUUCACUCAUGGAUCUCAUCUUCACCAGAUUAGCACCAAAGCAAGGGACAGAGGUUCAAAAAUCUUUGGAAUGGAGCCUGGAGAUCCUCAGAUGCUUGGAAGAGCAAGGCAUAUCCUGGCUAGCUCUCUUUCACUCAGCAGAGAAAGGUGAGUAGAGCUAUCCUCCCCAACUUGUGGGAAUGCAAAAUUUGGUACCAGGUGCUUUAAGGGUUCACCUUUUGGGUCUGGUGAAUAUAUUUGUCUGAAGGAGCCUCUCCACCCUGUAAGCAGUACAGAGAAAAAAGCCCCCUUUUGGGGCAUAAAGAAACUUUUCUGACUCUAGGUUUCCACGUGGUAGCACUUUGACUUCUAUCAGCUGCUGUGUCGAGGGGAGCCCAGUGAAGGGUUGCUAUUCACCGAAUGUAACAAAUUGCUGUUUGGAGUCUAAACAGUUUAAACCUUACAGUAGCUGACAAUCAGUAUGAAUAAGCUACACAAAUUUACUGUGCCACCUGCUAGAGAUAGGCUUGAAAACCAUCAAGCACUCCUCCACAGGAGUGACCUGAUCCAAACUUCAGAUUAUGCACUGUCCCCAGCAGUUGCCUGGAAGGAACUAUGCCCAGCAUCGGGUACAUCUACAGCAGUGCAGGAGAGACCCAAUGAUGAUCUAAAACAUUUUAACCUUCUCCUGUCUUUGGAUAUUGCAGGCCGUGGACCUUAUCAAAUUCUACAUAGUGCAGCCUCAGACCAAUACGUCAGCCUGUUACCUAUUGCAUUCUACAGCCUUACCCCCUGCUUUCACCAAAACCUAUUUAACCGAGAGCAAACCUUCCUUUACGUUGCUGUUGACAUGUAUACCCAGCUGCUUCGACUCUACAUAGAAGGGGAGAAUUCUCAGAGAUCAGAUCAUGGGGGACAAAGCCUACACAGCGUGAAGCACGUGGAUUCUUUAGAGGUGAUAACUAAGGCUCGUCGAUUUCUGCUACAUUCAAUUGCACAGUGCCCUAAAAAGAGCUUUAUACAUAUACAACAGUUACUGGAUCCCUGUGAAGAGUUUGACCCAGAGUUGAAAGCUGCCCUCUUCCAUUCCUCGAAGCUCACUGUAGCUGAGGAUUUCUAUGAUGAACCUGUCCUCUUCUGAGUGAUACUGGUGGAGAACUGUAGCCCAGGCAAGGGCAGCAGAGAGAGAUGUGUCUAACUCUGCAGCUGCAGACAGUGUUUACUAAGUUUUUCCUGUCAAUCCAUUUCUUUGGAUUCCACAAAAGUUAUCAGCUGUUCUCCAUCUUUGUAACCAGGACUACUUGAUUCAAAUUACUUUGUAAAUAAUUUAUUACAAGCAAAACCUUGAAGCUCUUGUUAAUAAUAAAGUAGGUUAAAUUUUUCACUUUA